AUGCAAUUACCAACUACAUCUACGGCCUGGGAACAAAUAUCGAAUGGUUUUCAAUCAAGGGCCAAUUUUCCACACUGUAUUGGUGCUGUUGAUGGAAAACAUAUUAGAAUAAAAAAGCCUUCAAAUAGUGGAUCGAUGUAUUUCAACUACAAGGACUAUAAUUCAAUUAUAUUAUUAGCCGUUGUAGAUUCGGAAUACCGGUUUAUAUAUGUGAGUGUCGGAUCAUAUGGAAAAGAUUGUGAUUCUUCAAUUUUUAAGGGAACGACAUUUUGGAAAAAGUUGACUGAAAAUGCAUUGCACUUACCUAUACCAAGACCUUUAAGUGAACAUUCAAACACAAAUGUUCCUUUCGUGAUUAUUGGAGACGAAGGUUUUGCAUUAAAUGACAAUUUAUUAAGGCCUUAUGGAGGGACACAUUUAGAUAAGGUUAAACGUGUAUUUAAUUAUCGAUUAACUAGAGCUAGAAGAUAUGUAGAAUGCGCUUUUGGUAUCCUGUCAAACAAAUGGCGAAUAUUUCAUAGACCUUUGGACGUAAAUGUAGAAACAGUUAUCUGGGUAGUAAAAGCAUGCACAGUAUUACAUAAUUUUGUCAGACAAAAAGAUGGAUUUGAUUUUCAAAGUGACCAGAUAAAACCAGAAAUAAACUGUAUUCCUAAUAUAUUAAGCGCACAAUCAAUCAGAGGAGGCAGUUCUGCAAAUUCAAUCAGAGCAACAUUUGCUGAAUAUUUUGUCUCUGAAGUUGGAUCAGUUCCUUGGCAAGAUGAAUCCAUAGGUUUUUAA